CCAACCAUCCAAAGCACGAUGAAACUUGCUCGCAAGAAAAUGGAUACAUACUGGAAAAUGACUAAUGACUCAAACACGUAUCGCAUUGCAACAAGUGAGCAUAAGUCGUCAGUUGUAUGGGUGGUUUGUGCUGACCCACGCUUCUGGCUAAAAAAAUGGAAAGAUGAGUGGAUUGAAGAUGCCGAAAAUCUCGUCCGAGAAGAGUACAUAGAUCGUUACAAAGACACCAGAGGACCUUACUAA